CUUCUGACGCUGGUGGGUAUGGCGCUGAAUUACCAGAAGCAGAGGGGCAUGCUACCCCCAACAGCGGAAUUCAACUUGUUCGCAAAUGCAACGAAGAGAGGCCGAGAGACCAGGGAACUCUAUCCGCAAGAUAUCGCCAAGAGCAUCCGAUUCACCAACAAAAGCCACCCCGAGUGUGCCGCGUUCUCACCUGAUGGCCGCUACCUGGCGAGCGGCUCGAUCGACGGCUUCGUGGAAGUCUGGGACUGGCAGCUUGGCGGCCUUAACAAGGAUCUUCAGUACCAGCGCGAGUCGAGUGCGGAUGGCGUGUUUGCUGGGGGUGUUGUGUGCAUGCAGAACCACAUGAUGAUGCACGAGACGGCUGUUGUUGCGAUCGCCUUCAGCAGGGACAGCGAGGCGUUGGCUACUGGGAGCCAGACAGGGCAGUUGAAGGUUUGGUUGGUGGCUACGGGACAGUGUAUCAAGAAGAUAGACAAGGCUCAUGAUGCGGCGAUCGCUUCCAUCUGCUUCAGCAAGGACAACACCCAUCUGCUGACUGGGUCGUUUGACACUACUGCAAGGAUUCAUGGUUUGAAGGCAGGGAAAACGCUCAAGGAGUUUAGGGGGCACUUGACGUUUGUUAACUGCGCUAUAUACCUGCCAGACAACUCGCGCAUCCUUACAGGGAGUGCGGAUGGGAAGGUCAAGCUCUGGGAUGCCAAGACUCAAGACUGUCUAUCAACGUUUACGCCACCCAUCCCUCCGCACAUGCAGGCUGCUCAGUGCCUCCCCUCCGUAAUGGCCGUCAUCCUGGCCCCGAGGAGUUUGGGGAUGGAUUUGAUUUAUGUAUGCACGAAGAGCAACACGAUCAGUCUGAUGAACUACAGUGGCAAGGCCAUCAAGACUUGGACCUCCGGGAAGAAGCACGGAGGGGACUUUGUGGCUGCAUGCAUUUCCCCUCGUGCUGAGUGGAUCUUGUGUGCUGGGGAGGAUCACUCGCUCUACUGCUUUGCAAAUGCCACCGGCAAGCUGGAACACGUUAUGAAGGUGAGGAACGUACGACCUCAACAGCGCGAGAAGGCCAGGGCGCCUAUUGCGUCAAUUCUUGCCCUAAAUCCAGCAGGCGCAGACACAACACCGCCUCCUGUUGCCUCCCCUCUGUGCGCGUCCUCGGGAGAGCGGCGCCAGGCGCUUUCCUCGCUCGUCCUCCUAGCCUCCGACCGGUGCAUGCAGACAACCGCCUCACUGCUGCAUAACAAUAUGGAGCCGAAGCGAGAACUCGUUGAAGACGGGAAGGAGGCACCCGCCGCGCUUCCGCCGGAGGCCUCUCCCCAGACAGCCACUCCAGCUCCUGCGUCCGACGCUCUCCCAAGAGCAGAUGAUGCAGACAUCGGCUCACGCCUGAUGGAGACUCCCCCCACCAGCAAUCAGCCGAAUCCAGCGGGAGCAACGGCAAACUCGACGCCUUCCUCCGCGACUGAAGGCCAAGGAGGAGGCCCCUCCGCGACACCAGAGCUGGUGAAGACGGAGAAUUCCAUGCAGGAGGACGAAAAAAAGCCCUCUGUCUCAUCAGCGCCGCCUACGGAGGCCACAAUUCUGCCGGCGCCAUCAGCCGCUGCAGCUGUCAAACGCGACGCGCAGUCUGCGGGCCAGAUGACAACCCCACCAGAAGCAUCGACUCGGUUCCCCGCAGCUGCACCUGCGCCCCUAUCAGCCUCCGCGGCAGCACAUCUGGUCGCCUUGGAUUCUGGAGAAGUCGAAGUCAAACUUAGGCGCUUGUUCGAUUGCUGGGGGGAUAUGGGAUUGAAUCCGGCAGGGACCAACUGGUCGGCCGUUGACGCCCUCUGCGUUUUUGUUGGUCGGGCAGCGGAAGAAGACGACAGCACUGCAGAGCGCAUUCAGUCUUGGCUAACAGGAUUUCAAUUCCUUGAGACUCUCUUUAUAUUCUUGCGCGGCAACAAGACGUGGGUGGUUCUCACAUCGGCGAAGAAGGCGGAGCACCUGAGACAGCUCGAGGCAAUUGAGGGGCUUCGCCUCUUUGUCAAGGACGCGAAUGGCGACAACAAGGGAAACCUCCGUUUGAUCGCGGAUGCCAUGAAGGAGGCAUCUGGAAAAACUAGCGAAGUAGGUGUGUGUGUUGCGCCCUUUCUGGGGGGUUCUGUUGCCGAAACACCGGGGACGAUGGCGUCGGAGGUUCUUCCCUGGCUGAAAAGCUUUGGGAAGAAAGAGGAGAAUAUCGAGGUUCCACUCUCCCCCCUCAUGGCCAUAUUGACACCCUCCGAAGUGGCUCUUGUUUCUGACGCAAGCCGCGUCUCCGUGGCAAUGGUCAAGUAUCAGCUGGUCUCGCGAAUCGAAUUUGUUUUGGAUAAUGGACAGAAGGAGUCGCACAAAAGCAUUUGCAGCCGAGCGGAGAUGCUAUUGAAGGACCAGAAGCAGCUGCAGAAACUGAAGGACAAGUGCAACCUCGACCCGAACGAGGUGGAAGUGCUUUUCAAAAACGUGCAGAGCGGCAGUCACUUCGAUCUUAGAGCCUCCGCGCAGCCUUCUGGGGAGGCGCUUUCACAGACCGAAGGAACUAUUGUUGUUUCUUUGGGCUGCAAAUACAACGACUUUUGCGCUGCUCUCUGCCGCACGUUUAUCCUCAACGGGCGAAAGGAGCAGAAAGAGACGUAUGCGGUGGCCCUUGAGCUGCAGCAGCACAUCAUCGCCAGUCUUAAGCCAGGCAUCACAUUCGCUUCUGUUUAUGAAAAGGCCAUUCAAUUUCUCAACGCCAAGAAACCCGCACUGACGAAGCACUUAGUGAAAAGUGUUGGGCAUGCAAUUGGCGCGCAGUACCGAGAUGCGAAGGUCUUUGUCGAGUCAAAUAUGGCGUUCCUCGUGAGCGUGGGCUUUAGCGACAUGCAAACCGCUGGUGGCAAGGCGUAUGCAGUUUGGAUUGCAGACACCGUACUCCUCAAGCAAGACGGCACGACACAAGUGUUGACGGAGGGGUUGUCCUCUCAGCUGGCGUACGUGAAUUAUGAGUUGGAUGAUGGCGAGGAGGAGCCAAAGGCAGCGGCUUCGCCUGCGAAAGGGAAGGGCAGCAAGGAAGAGAAGCGGGGUAAGAAGGGGGCAGACGAGAAUGCGGAUGGCAAUGCAGGAGAAAAGAAGAAGGGGAAGGAGAAGGCGCGUGACAAGAAGGAGAAGGAUGGGGAGAAGUCAGACAAACAAUCGACGGGAACCAUUAGCGCCAGUGUCUUGCGGAACGCUGAAAGCCUCAUUCUUCGGGACCGACUGCGGCGUCGAGACAACUCAACGGCUGCCCAAAUGGACGCUGCGGAGGAGCGCGAUAAGCGGCAGAGGGAGCUGAGAAAAAAGAAACUCGCUGUGCUUCAACAGCGCUUUGCCCGCGAGGACGCAGAUGACGCAGGAGAUGAGAAGCAACAGCGGCGGCAAAAAAAGAUGCAUGACUUGCGGGCGUUCAGCUCCCCCGACGAGUUUCCCCGAGAUCUGCGGCCUAACAAGCUGUACGUGGAUAUGAAAAGCGAAUGCCUCUUUGUUCCAGUUCCUGGACACCACAUUCCCUUCCACCUCUCCACGGUGAAGAAUGUUACUUGCAGCGAGUCUGAGUCGAACUUGAACGCUGCGAGGGUUGCGGCGGGGGGGCGGCCUCUCCGAUUCUCUAUUUUGCGCAUCAACUUUCAAGUACCUGGCUCACAGACGCUUACCCAAAAAGGCGAAGAAAACCCCCUUCCCGAUAUUGCAGGUAAAAACCAGCUCUUCGUCAAGGAGCUCAUGUUCAAGAGUGAAGACAGCCGACACCUCCAAACCAUCUACCGCACGAUCAAGGAGCAGUUGAAGCGCGUCAAGCAGAAGGCCGCCGAGGAUCUGCAGUAUCCAGGAGAGUUGGCAGCGCAAGAAAAGCUCAUUCCGAAUCGUUCGGGAAGGAGAAUUCUGCUCAAGGAUCUGAUGAUUCGUCCCAAUAUUUCCGCCGGCAUGCGCAAACUUAUUGGCGCCUUAGAGGCACACACCAAUGGCUUACGUGUGGUAUGCGCGCUCUGCUGCAGCUUCACGGUGAACACAAGAGGACAGAUGGACGUCGUAGAUAUUACCUACACGAACAUCAAGCAUGCUAUUCUGCAACCCUGCGAAAGGGAGCUUAUCGUCCUCGUACAUUUCCAUCUCAAAGCUCCUAUCUUGGUUGGAAAAAAACGCACUCAGGAUGUGCAAUUCUACACCGAGGCAGGCACACAGAUCGAUGAUCUUGACAACAGACGCAACCGCUCCUACCACGACCCGGACGAGACUCUGGACGAAAUGCGAGAGCGCGAGAUGAAGAAGAGGCUGAAUAGCGAAUUCAAAAGAUUUGUGCAGCAGGUGGAGGAAGUUUCUAAGGUGGAAUUCGAUCUGCCGUACAGAGAGUUGAAAUUUUCGGGUGUUCCUCUCAAGUCGAACGUUGAGAUUCUUCCCACCGCCAAUUGUUUGAUUCAUCUGGUGGAGUGGCCGCCCUUUGUGCUGCCUCUGGAAGACAUCGAAAUUGUUUCCUUCGAGCGCGUUUCUCACGGCCUGAGGAAUUUCGACAUGAUCUUUGAUUACAACAAGCCUGUCAAGCACAUCGACUUGAUCCCCAUUGACUAUCUGGACAAUCUGAAGCGCUGGCUCAACGAGUUGGAGAUAGUCUGGUAUGAAGGCAAGCAGAACCUUAACUGGUCUGCCAUCCUCAAGGAGAUUCGCGACGAUCCGCGCGGCUUCGUGGAGGAUGGAGGCUUCGACAUGUUCCUUGGAGACGGGGAUGAGAGCGACCAGGAAGGCGAGGAAAGCGAAGACGAUGAUGAUGAGGAAUAUGCCGAACAAUCUUCGAGUGAUGAUGACAAGGAGUACAAGGAGGACGGCUCGGAUAACGACAGCAGCGGGCAGGACAGAGACAGUGACAGCGAGUAUUCUUCGGAAGACCCUUCACUGGCAGACGAGACGGAUGAUGAGGAAGCAGCAGAAACUGGAUCUGACGAGGAAGAGGGGCUCAGUUGGGACGAACUGGAGGAAAGAGCAAAGAAGGAGGACAGGAAGAGGCAAAACGACGGCGAUUCGGAGGGCGAGGAGACGCGCACGAAGAAGAAGCGCAAAUGA